AUGAAUGCUCCCACGACCGCCGAAGCCACUGCAAAUGCCAUAGAUCUCACUGCUGAUCACAAACUACCAAAGCCUACUUUCACCCGUCCUGCGAGAGAUGCCUCAGCCACAAGUACAUCCACCCUCCCACAUUCAUCAGUGUACGGGAAACCUAUUGAGAAGAAAAGG